AUGCCAGCUGAAGUUUUGCCAAUUGCAACACUAUUUAAUAGACAAGUUGUGCACCCUACUUUGAGUGUGCAAUAUUGGAAAAUCUGGCAGAAGCAAUGCUGUGCAACUGAAGAUAAUGUUAUCAAGAAGACUGGUAGAAGCAUGGCUACUUUUUGUCGGCUGUGUAGGAAGAGCGAAGAAACUAUGAGCCAUGUCACUUGGCACUGUCGAGUGGCUAAGAGAAUUUGGGCUUGGGCUGCAAAAAAUUUUAAUCUUUGGCCAAAGGAGGAUUUGGUAGCCUCUUACAAGGUUGCUAAAGGACGAAGUAUGAUGAUUAAGGAUUUGUGGCUGGUUGCAAACCUUGCAAUUACCACAGAGCUCUGGAAGAUGCGCAACAAGGGCAGAGUGUAUCAGGUUAUUCGUGAUAACUCGAUUCAAAUGAGGGGCCAUAUGUACAACACGCAAGAAGAUUUUCGCAUCUUGAAUUAUUUCAGGGUGCAGCAUAGAUCUAGCAAGUUUUCUACUCCAAAAGCGGUUAGUUGGUUACCUCCUAAUCCUGGAGAAAUUAUGAUUUGUUGUGAUGGUGCUUCUCGUGGAAAUCCUGGCCUAGCUGGAGCUGGUGUUACCUUCAGGGAUGCUAAUUUUGCGGUCCUUAGAGUGCUUUUAGUUGGCCUGGGUUUUCAAACCAACUAUUAUGCGGAAGUUUAUGCUGUAAUUUAUGCGCAUUGCUUGCUAAGAGAUGGAAUGUUAAAAACCUUUGCAUUCGUUCAGAUUCGAUGA